AACGAUAUUAACCGCUCUAACUUUUAACGUGAGAGCUCUGUUGAAAAAAUUUACUUCGCAAAUAAUAGUAUAGAUACUAUAUCUGUUUUAAUAGUAAAAUAUUUAAUUUUUCGUACAUAUUAAAAAAAUAUUAAACAUUAUCAUAAUACAUCGAUUUUUGUAUUUUCUAGUUUAAAUAAUUUCAUACCAGUAAUAAUUUAACACUCAAUUAAUUUUCUUAAAACUACAGUUUUUAUUAUUAAUUAAUAGAAAUCCAUUUGAAACAUAAAAAAAAAUAUUUUGCAAAAUAGUAUUUCCUAAAAUUUCCAUCUUAACAGAACGGAAUAAGUAUACAAAGUUGUGUAAGAUCCCUAAUAUAAUAGUUUAAACUUAUGACCAUCACUGCCUCACGGCUCGGCCGAAAAACCUUAUAAAAACAAUAAGUCGUAUGCAUGGGCUAAAAACAUACAAUAUUGUAUCAUAAUGGAAUGCACAAUACCGCACAUACUCCAAGGAUUAUGGUUCUGUCCAAUUGAAUAGAAAGGUACUCUCUAUCGUUCUGAAAGUACGUUUAAAAUCUAAAGAGGAACUCAAAUAAGUUUGUCUCUAUCCAAACAUCAAAAGACUGAAGUUUGACAAAGUCCAACUUUAAAGUUUUUGCUGUUACUGUGGCCAUCACUUCCACCUAUCCAAGCCACUAACAAACGACAACAUCGGAACCAAUACCUUCCCUACACUCUCAAUGAAUCGUACAUAUAUUUAUGGACCAGCUUCUUCUUCAUUAUACAAUAUUCUUAUUUGUGUUUAAUAAUUUAACAUUUACUUACAUAUAUUUAUGGACCAGCUUCUUCUUCAUUAUUCAAUAUUCUUAUUUGUGUUAGAUAAUUUAACAUUUAAUGACUAGUAGUAGUAGUAGCAUGUUGCAGAUGGUGAUGACCUGAGGUGACGACUAAAAUGAAACUGGAUUUGUUUAUAUGGCAAAGCUAUUAUAAAGACAUGUUCACAUUUUAAACCAAGUUUUUGAUUAUUUUAUGUCGUAAUUAUCCAUGUAAUGAACCAUUGGUUAAUUAAUUAGUUUAAAAAAGUUAAUUAAUUAAACUAUUCACCGUUUUUAUUAUAAAUAUAACCUGUGGAAUUUUGCAGAGGGAAAGAUGAAUGGUCUACGUCUUUGGGCCACGCGGGCCUUUCGGAUCCAGCUGUUCCCAUGAAUUAUUCAUUUGAUUUACUCGGAUUAUGCUGUUUUAAAAACGAAGCAAUUAUGUUUAUGACUACGACAAAUUAUAUAAUUUGGCGUAUUUAAAGACGGAGAUUACAAUGCGAGACCAUUUUACAAUGACCAAGGCAAAAAAUAAACAGAAAUACUCGCAUGUACGUUUCACAAGACUAUUUCUGUUGAGAUUGCACAGCACAUGUCCAACUCUUUAUUAUCCGAUUAAUAUGAUAUUAUUUAUUUUGAGUCUAAUUAGCAAAUUUACAUGGAUUUAAUUUUGAUUUCCUUUCCAAAACGCAUCGUACUAAUUAGAGUUGUACAUCUCUUUAUAUAUUAGACUCUCAUUGUUUAAAUCUCUAAUGUGAGAUUUAGCUUGUUAUAUUACAUUUUCUCUCUCAAACUAAAGAUCACAUUCAUCUCGUGUCCCAUAACUGACUUUCAGGGAUCUUUUGACUUGAUCUCUGCCACACACACCUUCCAAUCCUAACUCGAUGGGUCUCUUUUCUACUCGAAGGGUAUUUUGGUCUUCUUGCAGAUUUCUCGGUCAACCGCUCUGAUACCAAUUGUUGAGAUUGUAUAAGUCAUGUCUAACUCUUUAUUAUCCGAUUAGUACGAUAUUGUCCACUUUGAGCCUAAUUGGCAAGUCCGCAUGAAUUUACUUUUGGUUUCCUUUCUAAAAGACCUCAUACUAAUUAGAGUUGGACAUUCUUUAUAUAUUAAACUUUAGUUGUCUAAUUCUCCAACGUAAAACUUACUUUGUUAUAUCACAAUUUCUAAGUAAGUACUUCAAAAAAAUUCAGAGACGGUAAAUAUAUUAAAACCCACAAGUAAAUAAGAAAUUAAUAGUGUUAAAAAAAAAAUCAAAUGGACGGUAUUACAAUUUUUAAUUGUUGUCUCCUGUUUCAUGGCAGCCACCCCACUGUUUAUGUAUACAUAAACAUGUCAUAAUGCAAUAUUAAAGGUUUAAUUAAACCGUAACCAUUUUUUCACUUACAUGUUCAUGUUAUAGUCGCGAAACCAAAUUUGGUACUCUUCCCGGUUCACAUUAGGUAUGUUUCGCAUUAAGAUAUAAAAUAAUUUUAAAAUGAAUGUUUUGUUGUAUACAAAUGUCAAAACGAUAUAUUGGUUGUAGAAUGAAAAGAGUUUGUUUUAGUAUCUAAUAUGAAAGCACAAAUUGGAUUUGCAGAAAAAUUCCCCAGACACAAAUAUUCAGGGGAACAAUUAACCAAAAUAAUUAUCUUCUUUGGUUUUGUGUUGCUGCAAAAAUAUGUGUGAUUUUUGCUUUUGAUUAACUAUUUUCAGUUAAAUAUGUAAUUUAAUAAUUUAAAAUUUGCUCUUUCAAGGAAAUUCUCACAUAUGAUUAUAGUAACAAUUUCUAAAACGAGAUUUUGGUUGUAGUUUGAAAAAUUACUUAUUAGUUUGUUGAAUAGUAAAAAAAAUCAAGUUUGAUGGAAAUAAUAAUAUACUACUAUAAGUUGGGCAGUUAAUUACUACUUAAACCACGGGUCUCCUCCUCGGGCACACCCAUGAUCACCAAUAAUCAUUAUUUUCUCUCUCUUUCCCUCUUAACUAAUUGUCCGCUAAUCAAAAAGAUCAUCAUCAAAUAUUAUAAACCUAAAAUCUAACCAUUCAGUGAUCAAAGGAUCUCAACAAAGAGAGAGAGAGAGGAGCAUGGAGUCGGAGGAGGAGAAGGAGAGUAGUAUAAGCAUGGUGGAGGCAAAGUUGCCCCCAGGAUUCAGAUUUCACCCAAAGGACGACGAGCUUGUCUGCGAUUACUUGAUGGCACGAUCGCUUGGUCACAAUACUAAACAACCUCCUCCACUCCUCUUGAUCCAAGUCGAUCUCAACAAGUGCGAGCCUUGGGACAUCCCCAAAACGGCAUGCGUGGGUGGCAAGGAUUGGUAUUUCUACAGCCAGAGAGAUAGGAAAUACGCGACUGGGCUGAGAACAAACAGAGCAACGGCCACCGGAUAUUGGAAAGCCACAGGGAAAGACAGAGCCAUUCUAAGAAAGGGCAAGCUUGUUGGGAUGAGGAAGACAUUGGUGUUUUAUCAAGGUCGAGCUCCCCGUGGUCGUAAAACUGAUUGGGUCAUGCACGAGUUUCGUCUCCAGGGUUCCUUUGAUCCUCCUACUCUGAACUCUCCAGAGGUACAGGAGGAAGACUGGGUCCUGUGUAGAGUGUUCCACAAGAACACACAAGGAGACAACAUGGGAAGCUGUUUUGACGAGACAGUCUCCGCUUCUCUUCCUCCACUGAUGGAUUCUUACAUCAACUUUGACCAAGAACCCUCUUCUUACCUCGGUCAUGAUCAGCACUUCUUCACCAAUGAGCAAGUGCCCUGCUUCUCCAAUUUGUCACAGAACCAAACCAUACACUCAAACCUAACCGACUCAGUCUCUGAACUCGAGACUCCUUGCAAGAACCCUAUCCCCUUGUUCACUGGUGGUUCAUCCCCCGCCAUGCUCCCAGGGCUAGAUUCGUUCAGUUCAUCAGAUCAGAUGGUCCUCAAAGCUCUACUCAGCCAGCUCACUAAGAUCGAUGGAGGCAUUGAGGUCAAGGAAUCACAAAGUUACGGGGAAGGGAGCUCCGAGAGCCUCUUGACCGACAUUGCCAUUCCAAGCACUGCUUGGAAUUGAUGACGAUGGUCGAGUGUAGUAGUGUGAGAGUCAUUAUUGCUAUAUUCAUAUUCAUGAUUGGAACUAUUCUUCAAGGGUGCGUGUCUGAUUGUACAAACAUUUCCCUCACUCUUGUUACAACUCAUGUAAAAUACCACUUGAGACAUUAUUAUACAUAUGAAUUUCAUCAGAUAGUUCAUUUC